CACCAACCAUGAACUAAAGUGUGCAGUCCUUAUUGUUGGAUAAAUAUUGUAUUUCUUGGUUACCUGUUAAGUUGAAAAUGAACUGAAUUCUCCAAGAAGGAGCCCAGCCAUGGAUGAGGAGAGCUUGGAAACAGCCAUUCAGACUUACAAUGCUCAGUUGCAGCAAGUGGACCUGGCUUUAGGGGCUGGGCUGGACCCAACACAACAGGCUGAUCUAAUCCAGCUGCAGGCUGAUUUAAGGCAGCUGAUCGAACUGACCGAAGCCAGCCUCCUGUCUGUGAAAAAAAGCAAACUUUGCUCAACUUUGGACACGGAGGUGCCUUCAUCCACUCAUCCUCAACAGAGCCCUGGAGAAGCUGGCCGUCCAAACACCGAUGACGAAUACGCUGCUUUUAAGGAAGCCAUUGCACAAAUAGACGGAGAGGAUGGUCCAUUCAGAACUCAGGACAGAGAUGGAACGGGUGAUGAAGAGGAAGAAGAGGAGGAGGAAGAGGAGGAGGAGGAAGAAGAAGAAGAAAUAGCUAGUGGAAUGAAAGUGAAAGCUCCUUACUACAGUUCCUGGGGAACCUUGGAGUAUCACAAUGCUAUGAUCGUAGGUAGUGAGUGCUUGGAAGAUGGAGGGCCCGGAGUUAGGGUGCUCUACCUCUACCCAACUCACAAGUCUUUAAAGCCGUGCCCCUUUUUCCUGGAUGACAAGUGUCGAUUUAAAGAGAAUUGCCGGUUUUCCCACGGGCAGGUGGUAUCCAUUGAGGAACUGCACCCCUUUGAAGAGCCUGACCUCAGUGGCCUAGCUGUGGGUUCGGCCUGCCUGGCGAGACACCAGGAUGGGAUCUGGUACGCUGCUAAAAUCACAGACAUUGACAGCGGUUACUACACGGUGAAAUUUGACUCGCUGCUCCUGAAGGAGGCGGUGGUGGAAGGGGACGGGGUCAUCCCUCCACUCCGUAGUGAGGAGACCUCUUCUUCCUCAGAGCACACGGUGGCCACAGCGAAGCUGGAAGAGAAGCUGUCGGGGGCCCACAAGAAACUGGGGGAGCUGCGGGCUUUGGAGGCGAGCCUCCAGCAGGAGCAGAAGAAAGCCGACACGCACAAAAAGAUGACCGAGUUCUAGGUUUUUGCCCCUCGGGUGCCUGUGAAAAAAGGGAUAUUUCAGUUCAAGAUGGCUGCAGAGGAGCGGCUACAUGGAAAACUACUAGCUCUUUUCUUCUUGGAUCUCCUUCGCUCCCGUUGGACAAAGAGGCUGGAUUUGAACUGGUGGCCCCGGAAGGUGGACCGCUUCGCUUCUCCUCUUCAGAGAAAAACUCCCCAAAUAUCCACAACAGAUUCAGAUCUGAUGUGGUUGGGGGAAGGUUUUCCGCUGUGACGGGAGUGAGCAAUAGUGGCAGUGUUAAGCGCCGUGGACUUCAACUCCCAGAAUUCCUGAGCCAGCCCUGGUUAAAAGUUGCCCAUCCCUUUGCUGGGUUGUGCCCGUUUUUUGGGG